CCGAGGGCGGCCUGGGCGCCGGCAGAUGCGCUCGUGUCCGUCCUGGGUGUGGCCAGCGCGUGCUGUGACGCCUUCUGGCCCGCUGACUUUCUCUGAACAUCCAGGCGGCCUCUAUCCCAGACUACCGGGGCCCUAAUGGAGUGUGGACGUUGCUGCAGAAAGGGAGAAGUGUGAGCGCCGCUGACCUGAGCCAGGCUGAGCCCACCCUCACCCACAUGAGCAUCGCACACCUGCACGAGCAGAAGCUGGUGCAGCACGUGGUGUCUCAGAACUGCGACGGGCUCCACCUGCGCAGCGGGCUGCCCCGCGCCGCCAUCUCCGAGCUGCACGGGAACAUGUACAUCGAGGUGUGCACCGCCUGCACCCCCAACAGGGAGUACGUGCGAGUGUUCGAUGUGACCGAGCGCACCGCCCUCCACCGGCACCAGACGGGCCGAGCCUGCCACGAGUGCGGGGCGCCGCUGCGGGACACCAUCGUGCACUUUGGGGAGAGGGGCACGCUGGGGCAACCGCUCAACUGGGGCGCGGCCACCCAGGCGGCCAACAGGGCCGACGCCAUCCUGUGCUUAGGCUCCAGCUUGAAGGUGCUGAAGAAGUACCCGCGUCUCUGGUGCAUGGCCAAGCCCCCCAGCCGGCGGCCCAAGCUGUACAUCGUCAACCUGCAGUGGACCCCGAAGGACGAUGGGGCCGCCCUGAAGCUCCACGGGAAGUGUGAUGACGUCAUGCGACUCCUCAUGGGCGAACUGGGCCUGGAGAUCCCCCCCUACAGCAGCUACGACAUGGUGCACUAUGGCCACUCGAACCAGCUGCGCCAGGCGCGGGCCAUGGGUGACCGCCUCGUCGUGGGGGUGCACACGGACGAGGAGAUCGCCAAGCACAAGGGGCCCCCCGUGUUCACCCAGGAGGAGAGGUACAGAAUGGUGCAGGCCAUCAAGUGGGUGGAUGAGGUGGUGCCUGCGGCUCCCUAUGUGACCACGCUGGAGACGCUGGACAAGUACAACUGUGAUUUCUGCGUCCACGGCAGUGAGUGGUCGGGCAAACCCACGGAGCAGGAGGCCGCCUCCCCUGUGGGGCCACAAGGCUCUGGGUCCUUCCCAACAAAUGACAUCACGCUGACCGUGGACGGCCGGGACACUUACGAGGAAGUGAAGCAGGCGGGCAGGUACAGGGAGUGCAGGCGCACCCAGGGCGUGUCCACCACAGACCUGGUGGGCCGCAUGCUGCUGGUCACCAAAGCCCACCACAGCAGCCAGGAGAUGUCCUCGGAGUGCCGGGCGUACGCAGACAGCUUCGGCAAGUGCCCUGGGGGGCGGAACCCCUGGACGGGGGUAUCCCAGUUCCUGCAGACAUCCCAGAAGAUCAUCCAGUUCGCGUCUGGGAAGGAGCCCCAGCCGGGAGAGACCGUCAUCUAUGUGGCCGGUGCCUUCGACCUGUUCCAUAUCGGCCACGUGGACUUCCUGGAGAAGGUGCACGGCCUGGCGGAGCGGCCCUACGUCAUCGCCGGCCUGCACUUCGACCAGGAGGUGAACCGUUACAAGGGGAAGAACUACCCCAUCAUGAACCUGCACGAGCGCACCCUGAGUGUGCUGGCCUGCCGGUACGUAUCCGAGGUGGUGAUCGGCGCCCCCUACUCCGUCACGGCCGAGCUCCUGGACCACUUCAAGGUGGACCUGGUGUGUCACGGCAAGACAGAGGUUGUGCCGGACAAGGACGGCUCCGACCCCUACCAGGAGCCCAAGAGAAGGGGCCUCUUCCGGCAGGUGGACAGCCACAGUGACCUGACCACGGACCUCAUUGUGCAGCGCAUCAUCCAGAACAGGCUCGAGUACGAGGCCCGGAACCAGAAGAAGGAGGCGAAGGAGCUGGCGUUCCUGGAGGCCCUGAGGCGGCAGCGGGGACCGUCGCCCGAGGGAGAGCGGCCCUGACCUCACCCAGGAAGGCGCAGAGCCCUGCGUCUGGCCUGCGCCCCGUCUCGGCGCUCAUCUGACGGCCGCCGCGCUGGCUCAGGCCCGGCUGCAGUGCCUGUCCCGCGGGCACCUCCCCGCCAGGCGGCCAGCGAGGCCAGGACACUUCGCCCACGUGGACCCGUCAGCGCUGGCCCCCAGGGACAGAGGCGGCCGAGCCCCCCCAGGCCGGCUCCCAGCCUCUGCUGCCCUUGGACUGGCCCCCGGGGUGUCCGUGCUGGUCAAUAAAGCCAGUGGAGGCGUCUGUG